ACACGCACACGCACCAGGUGACGGUUGCCCUGACUGUCCAUAUUGAACCACCGGCAUCCAACACGUAUCACGUAGCCUUGGGUCUUUGGGGUCCUAUUAACCAAAUCUUCAUGUCCCGGACACGACGUGCACGGUUAGGACCAGCAUCAUGAAGCGCCUCGAGUGCCCCCUGUGCAGCCUCACCGUGCUCUCAAAAGAUAGCUACUUCCUCCAGUUGCAUUUUGAGCAGGCCCAUACCGCCGGCUCUCCCUUCGCUGUCAAAGAUGAUCCAGAGCCGUUACCGCCUUCAUUGCGGCCCAGGCCUGCCCCAACACGCAAUCAGCAUGAGGACACGCCUUCUUCCAGCGAAUCCGAUGACUCUGACGACUCUGACGACUCCGAUGACACGGAAACUGACAAUUCUGACGACCCCGACGAAUCUAGCCAGGAAGAAAGAACUGUCAAGCCUCCCAACUUGGACCGUCGCGACUUUAUUCCUUCUUCUGCCUCUAAAGAUCGUAUCGAUUAUCACAGCACAGAGACUUCAUCAUCCAACAGGAAUACUGGAAAAUAUCAUUCACGCCAUCGAUCCGCUACUAUGCACAGCUCAUCUAGCACCAGUCGCUCGCAUAGGCGCCGUCUUAAGAGUACGUCGGUGGAGCACCCCGUGGAUACAGACACAUUCGACGCCCCGAAGAGGUCCGAGGGCCACAGUCGCAAACCAAGAAAACACGGCCACCGACGCAGGCGAAAUACCAACGACAGCGAUAAGACCACCAUUAGCAGAAGUAUCUUGAGUUUCAACCCCUUUGCCAAGUCUGACAAGGAUGUCAAGCCACCAAUUAAGAGUGCUCGCCUUGGGAAAUCUGAGCUUGGCCCUUAUGCGUGGGAAGAACGCAUGCCUAAGUGGCUCCACAAACAGCUCAGCGCCGGCCCUGAGAUUACCAUGGUCAACCGCAUUGGGCGAGAUGGUCGCCUUAUCAAGCACGAGCACGUACAAAAUGAGACGGCGGGCAUCAUACCCAUUUUGGCCCAGCUAUCCGCCCUCGACCGCACGGUCAAGCGGGCAUACUACUGUCACCCGUCCACGCUUCACGUGGGCAAAACGCCCCACGAAGGUGGUUUUUGCGGCUAUCGCAACAUUCACAUGCUGCUGUCGUACAUUCAGGGAGCUAAAGCGCAGGGUCAUGAAGAGUUCCCUGGCCGACUACCAACCAUCCUGAAGAUACAAGACCUCAUAGAGGAUGCUUGGGAUAAUGGUAUCAACGAGAUUGGCCGCAUUCAGACUGGCGGUAUUCGUGACACAAGAAAGUACAUAGGCACGCCAGAGGCCCAAGCUUUCUUCCUCAAUGCAGAGAUCAAUUGCGCUGUUGAGCAGUUUAGCGACAACAAAGAUCGCGGCACCUUGGCCCACGAAGCGCUCCUUUCUGCCAUGGAGCGAUACUUUGCCCGAGCAGCUGCUAGCGACGGGUCCACCGUGUGCAAGACCCUCUUGCCCCCCAUUUACCUCCAGCAGCCGGGGCACUCGCUCAGCAUUGUUGGAUUCGAACGCCAUUACGAUGGCAGUUGCAACCUGAUGGUUUUCGAUCCCAUGUAUUCUACCACUCCCGCUAUGCAUAAGUUGCUUGGACGCAAGAAUAUCAGGACGGCUCGGCCAGAAGUCCUGCACACAUACCGGCGCGGAUUUAGAAAACUUAAGAAGUAUGCCGCUUAUGAAAUUCUCAUGCUCACGGCAACACCACCCUUAUUCCCUGCUUGGGAUGUUCUUCGUCAAUUUCCCGACUGUCGCUUCGUUUACGUCUUUUUCCGUGCUCGAAGUCUUGGAUACGAUGUUUACCCCGAAGACUAUUUUCUACCAAGUUUUCCAUGGCAGCAGUACGGCGGACUUUGGUCGUGUGACGAUGCUCGCUUCGCCAGAGGAGAACCGCUAAAUGCUCUCACGGCGAUGGCUCUACGGCGUAUUACGGGCGAGGGAACCUCUGCUGGUUCUGGCAAUGGCAACAGUCCGACAAGCCCAACUAGCUUCUUCACAAACAGCUCUUUCCAGCAUGUGCCGGCGUUCGAACAAGACUAUCUCCCGUCAUGGGCAAACGAACUUGACAGCACUGCGAACGGCUUUGCUCGCCUGUCGCAACCCACUAGCCACAGUUCAGCCUUCAACAUGGGGUCUUUGAGCGCAAGCUUGUCUCAACCAACGGCCAUGAAACCGCAUCUAUCGCUCCUGACAGACGUCGGCAGGAGAUAUCCCGGCUUUCCCACGCCCCUUUCGCCCACUUCGAAAGCAAGAGAAUUAUUUCCAUCUCCGACUUCGGAUGGCAGCGACGUAGCCCCAACACCCGGCACCCAGAGUUCCGCGGUGCGCUCUUUCAGCCCCAUGAGCUUCGAUGGCUCGGAAAUGUGCGGUCCCUCGCGUCGCUGCGACUCUCACAGCUAUGAACGCUAUGCAUCACGCAUGGGUCUUAUCGACGCCAUACUCGCCGAACAACAACCCCACAACAACGCAUCUUGCACACCUUUGACCUCACCCAAGAGCACUUCGGGUCUCGCUACGCCGCUAGCCAGUCCAUCCCGCUGCGUAUCACCGCGCGUAGCCAUGCUAAAGAAACUCACGAGUAAACAAGACACACAACAACGACAACAAUCCACACCCCCCUCCUCCUCCUCCUCCUCCCCCGCCGCCAUCCCCAUCGCCAACGGCAUCGAAUUCGAAACAACAUCGCCCAUCGACCCCAGCGGCACGAUUCUGCUCUACACGUCGAACCGCAGCGUAGCCUCCGGCCUCUUAGGCGUCCACCCCCUCUCGGAGCACCAAGUAGCCGAAUACCGGUUCUGGCGGCCCUGCGGACGCCGCUCGUGCGGCUUCGGGUGUGGUGGCGCCGACGUGGGCGAAAUGGCGGCUGCAAAGCGCUUGUUUCGUGAUGUCGAGGAUCUAAGUCGUGAGUGUGAGGAGGCGCGUAAUCAGCGUGGUAGUGGUAGUGGUACUGGAGUGCGCGCUGCGAAACAGAGUACCCGCAGUGGUACUACCGGUACUUCCAGGGCGAGUAUCUGGGCUGGAAGGCGGCUUGUGAGGGACUGGGGAAGUUUUUUGCAGGGCUGUGAGAGGGAGGGUGUUGCGCCUGUUUAG